AUGGAGAAAGCCGGUCACAUCAACAUUGCAAUGAUAGAAGAUAUUGGCACCAACGGGAUGGCCAGGUCAAAGGUCGUCACGGACGUGGAUCAGAACAACGAGCUCUGUGGCUCCACCGUGAGCUUCCACAACAUCCAGUACAAAGUGCAGCUGAAGAGCGGCUUCAAGAGGAAAACCAGUCCAAAGGAAAUACUGGUCGACCUCAAUGGGAUCAUGAGACCUGGCCUCAACGCUAUUCUUGGACCUACUGGAAGUGGAAAAUCUACAUUCUUGGAUAUCCUGGCUGCAAGGAAGGAUCCUUCAGGUCUCUCAGGAGAAGUCCUCAUUGACAGAGCACCACAGCCUCCAAAUUUCAAGUGCCUCUCUGGCUAUGUGGUUCAGGACGACGUGGUCAUGGGCACCCUGACUGUGAGGGAGAAUCUGCGUUUUUCUGCAGCUCUGCGGCUGCCUAGCUGUGUGCCUCAGAGAGAGAAGGAGGUUCGAGUCAAUCACCUCAUUAAAGAACUGGGUCUCACCAAGGUGGCGGACUCCAAGGUGGGCACGCAGAUGACCCGGGGAAUCUCUGGAGGAGAGAGGAAGAGGACAAACAUCGGUAUGGAGCUGAUCAUUGAUCCUCCAGUUCUUUUUCUGGAUGAACCGACCACAGGACUGGACGCUAGCACUGCUAACUCUGUCCUGCUGUUGCUAAAAAGAAUGGCCAGUCAUGGAAGAACCAUAAUUAUGUCCAUCCACCAACCACGAUACUCCAUCUACAGACUAUUUGACACUCUGACUCUGCUGGUUAGUGGUAAAAUGGUGUACCAUGGACCAGCGCCAAACGCAUUGGACUACUUCGCCAACAUUGGUUAUCCCUGUGAGCCCCACAACAACCCAGCUGACUUCUUUCUGGAUGUUAUCAAUGGAGACUCCACCGCUACAACCAUGACCAAAGUGCACGGGUCUGAAGAUUUGGACUUUGAGGAGCACAGCAGCUCCAGGCAGAGCAUCGAGGAGCGCCUGGUGGAGGAGUACAGGAACAGCAGCUACUCCAGCGACACAAGUGCUGAGCUGGACCGCAUCGUCCAGGAUAAGAAGUGUAUCUCAUUUUCAAAAUCCCGCACCAUCACCUACAACAGCUCCUUCUUCCACCAGCUACGUUGGGUGCUAAAGAGAACCUUCCAGAACCUCAUGCUGAACCCACAAACAUCUGUGGCCCAGCUCGGAGUCAACAUUUUCCUCGCCCUCAUCGUAGGAGCGAUUUUCUUCGGGGUCAAAGAUGAUCGGAGUGGAAUCCAGAACAGGAUGGGUGGCCUCUUUUUUAUCACUACCAACCAGUGUUUCAGCACGGUGUCUGCAGCUGAGCUCUUCAUCAUUGAGAGGAAACUGUUUGUGCAUGAGUACAUCAGUGGCUACUACAGACUGUCUGUCUACUUCCUCUCCAAGAUCCUGUCUGACAUCACAAUGCGCACCAUCACCUCAGUCAUCUUCAGCUGUAUUGUCUACUUUAUGAUCGGGCUCAAAUCCACAGCAGCAGCCUUUUUCAUCUUCACACUGACAGUGACUAUGGUGGCCUACACCGCCACAGCCCUGACGAUGGCCAUCUCCGCUGACCAGAGCGUCGUGGCUCUCGCCAACAUUUUCAUGACCAUCACCUUUGUCUUCAUGAUGAUUUUCUCAGGUCUCUUGGUAAACCUACCCAGCAUCAUGGACUGGCUGGCUUGGCUGAAGUACUUCAGCAUUCCACGCUACGGCCUCGCAGCCUUGAAGAUCAAUGAGUUUGUGGGUUUGAAGUUCUGUGAGGAGGCUGUGAUCCGAAACACCAACAUGUCGGCUACAGUGACCAACUGCUAUGUGAGCAUAGUUGGGGAGACAUGUACAGGAGAACAGUAUCUGGACUACCUGGGAAUAGAAUACACUACCUGGGGACUAUGGGAGAAUCACGUGGCUUUGACCAUUAUGACGUUCAUAUUCCUCAUCAUCGCCUACCUGAAACUCCGCUACAUCAAGAAAUUCACUUAAGUGUUUUAUUCUACUAUCUUAAGUUUGGUCUACAAAGAACCAAGACAUUUUAAGUAGUGAGCUAAAGGGUGUAUUUU